CGCGUUGUAACCCCUUCCCCCCGAGCACUCCAUUUCCACAACCAUGGAGGCCACUCUCAUGGCCUCAUCCUCGUCGUCCUCCUCCGCUUCUUCUUCGAUUUCGCCCACUAUUCCACGCGCCCCCUCUCUACGAUCCUCUCAUGGAGAGAGGUUAAUCUCUCAAAGAGUGUUAUUCUCUACUGUGUUCCCUUUUCAGAAGAAGCUCUUCGCCCAAGGUAGGAGCGAGAGGGGGAACCUAUUCAUUGCUGCCGCGAAGAAGAGAAAGGAAAAGAAGCCAUUUGAUUCCCACAGCUUUGUUCCCAAGCCGGAUGAGGCCACCGGGCCCUUCCCAGAAGCCGUUUUGCUUAAAAAGAAAACAAUCAGAGAAGAUGGCCGAGUUUUACCCGAAUUUGCCGAUGCCGAAGAAGAGGAGCUGUUUGAAUUCCUCAGCCUCCAGCUAGAGAGCGAUUUAAAUGUCGAAAGAAUGCGCCAUUACGAAGUGGUCUAUUUAAUCCACCAAGACCGUGUAGAUGAGGUGGACAGUGUUGUAGCGAAAGUACAAGAGUUUGUUCGAGAGAAGAAGGGCAGGAUUUGGAGGCUAAAUGACUGGGGGCUUCGAAGACUCGCAUACAAAAUCAAGAAAACGACCCAUGCGAACUACAUUUUAAUGAACUUUGAAAUUGACGCGAAGCAUAUCAACGAUUUCAAGAGCGUGCUGGACAAGGACGAGCGGAUCAUUAGACAUCUUGUUAUGAAGAGAGACGAAGCCAUCACAGAGGAUUGCCCUCCGCCACAGGAGUUCCACUCAUUGCGAGCGCAAGAAGGGACAGCAGAUGGUGAUGACGAUGGUGGUGAUGAGUUAGAUUUGGAUGGUUAUGAUGAUGGUGAUGGGGAGAAUAUUGUUGUAAUUGAUGAUGAUUAUGAUGAUGAAGAUGAUCAGGGCACUAGAAGCGGGAGAACAUCAAAAGCUGAGAAGAUAGCAAUGUAGUUCAAUUGUCGUUUUCUUUUUUUUGUUUUCUUUUUUCUCUCUUAAUGUUGUGAGAACACCUCUUAUUAGGCGAUGCGAUAAGUAAUGGGUAGCUAGUCUUUGGCUGGCACAUUGUCGAGGAAA